AUGCUCCUGGGAGACGCUGCAAGCUCCUGCCUAAUCGCGGCCGUGUUCGGUGCAUGCGGUAUCCUCGGACUUCGCUAUGUUUUCUAUGUGGCUGUGUAUGAGCGCGUACGACUGUACCUACGCCGGCGUGGGCCUGGUUAUGAGAUGUACACGCCUGUUGUCACGGAGGAGCUGUGGGAGGGACUCGGCUCCGCCGGCAUCGUGGCGUUGGGCUCCUGGGCCCUAUACUCCGGCCACAACGCCGGAUGUACCCUGACCGACACCAGCGGCUGCCUGCGCGGCUGGCCGGACCACUCCAUUCCCUGGACCAUUGACGCGCUCUUUCUGCUGCAUAUCGCCUGGUACACGCAAUGCACCACCAAGCACUGGUUCGGGCUGGGCCGGUUGCAGGGCCUCGACGCCGCGCUCCACCACGCCUUCACGCUCUGCCUCCAUGCAAUGUCGUACACGCUCAAGCUGCUGCGUGUGGGCCUGCUGGCGCACUGGAUAUUCGUCGCCACGAACCCGCUUCUCAGCGUCUCGAAGUUACUGCACUGCCUGGACGUGCGUCCCGGCAAGAAGGUCUUCUUCGUCUUCUUCGCGACAUGCUACCUGGCCACCCGUGUGCUGAUGGUGCCGAUAGUGCUGCUGCCCUGCACCCUGAUUGACGUGUGGCACAUACCGCUGGAUCACAGGGCGGCGUCUGCCGCCAACGGCUUUCUGUUACUACUGUACGGAUUAAGCCUGUUCUGGUUCGGGCGGCUGCUGGGGAUCCUGCUGACUGGUAAGCUGGACAGCACACCGCGCAUGGUUGUGGCGGCAGCGGAGGUACGGCGGUGGCAGAAGCGACAGGCCCAGCCAGCCGGUGGAAGCAUUUAA